UGUUUGUGCUCUCUGCUCACUCCUCUGACUGCAGCAGAAGCUUAAACCCAAAGAGGAUCAGCAGAAAACGAAGAAUGGCGGUUUGUGCUGGAAAGACUGUGUGGAGCUUUAUGUUCCUUCUGGCAGGUGCUGUGGGUCAAACUGUGAUCUAUCCUUUCACGUCUACCUGCGCUGUCAGAGGAUCGACUGUCACCCUCCCCUGCAGCUUCACUCCACUGAAGUCCUUCAAUGAAGGUGGAAGAGAAGUUCCACUAAAGAUCGUCAGAGUCCGCUGGUGUCAGAACCAUGAACUCUGUCAGGGCACCACCCCGUCUGUGUAUGACAGUAAAUCAACAAAAAAAGACUCUAAUUAUCAAUACCUGGGAGACAUGAAGACAAACUGUACUUUACAGAUCAGAGAUGUUCAGGAGAGAGACGAGGGAACAUUUCGCUUCAGGAUGGAGGUCAAUUAUACUGCAGGACAUUUUACUAACAGGACAGGAGUGACUGUCAGAGUUAAUGAUGGAACCAAAAUGAGAAUAAUCAGCUCCAGUGAGGAUAAAAAGUUCAGAGGAAAUGAAACCGUCACACUGCUCUGCACUUCACUCUGCACUUUCCACCAACUGGAGGUCACCUGGUUCAAAGAUGGCCACGCCCUUUCAGAGACUGGCCCCUCCCUCCACCUCAGCCCUCUGACUGCAGAGGAUUCUGGGAACUACACCUGUGCUCUGAAAGCCAGUAACAAGACGCUCUCUGAGCUGCACAGCCUGCAGGUGGAGGUGGAGGAAAAGAAGGGAGAGCAAAAAGGUCAGGAUAAAAACCUGCCUCUGGUAGUUGGUGUGGUGUUUGGCGUCCUGCUGGCUGUCAUCACGCUCAUACUCUUCCUCUUCAUCAUCAAAAGGAGGCUGGCAGCAGCAGCAGAGGAUCAGAGAGCAGUGGGAGGUGAGACGGAGCAAAAGUAUCCUGAUAACAUCUACAGCAGCAUUCAAGAAGAAAACCUCCAACAGGAAACCAGCCACGCUGUGGAAGAUGACAGCUACGCUACCAUUCAGUUCAACCACAGCCAACAGAAGCACAGGCACGUGGAGAAAGCCGAAGAUGCCGUCAUCUACUCUUCACUAGCCUCUUGAGUCACAUCUCAUUCACACACACAGAAUCCAAAGGAACCACACUGAGCUGGAGACGCUGCAGGAAGCUCUGAGCAGUUGGUUUGUUGGGCUGUGCUGAUCUGUUUCCAGCUGUUCAUACAGCAGCACACAGCUGAUUGUUGACUGUGAGCUUUGGGAGAACUCCUGAAAAGAGCUGAAUUAAAGAUUCAGGUCUGUGGUUCACGCCGUGUACACGCUGAGUUUGAUAAAUUCAUAAAUGCAGCUUUAUGUCUCCAUUACAGCAUUACAGCUCCACUACAGUUGUUCUACUGUGCUCUCCCGCUCCACCCUGCCUGGGAAAUUCAAAUGAACAAUUUCUUCGUUGGGGGGGCAGCACGGUGGUGCAGUGGUUCAUGCUGCUGCCUCAUAGCAAGAAGGUCUUGGGUUUGAACCUUUGGGACCUUUCUGUGUGGAGUCUGUGCUCCCCCGUUCUCUCUGAGUACUCCCACAGUCCAAAGACCUGCUGCUGGCGGGGUUGGGUUCACUGGUGAUACUAACUUGCCCACAGGUGUGAAUGUGAGUGCAGUCUGAAACUUGUUUUUUAUCUGUGUUUGAUCGUGAGUAUGAUGUAUGUGUGAACACUCCCUGUUUUGUAAUUCUCGCUAAAAGAGGAAAGAUGAAGAAACACAGCCCUGCAGACUUUACACUC